AUGGCCGAUAACCCUCAUCGUCCGCGGCCGCCGCCAAACCGACGCAGAGACAAAGCCCAGCUUUCCUGCGACCCUUGCAGGCACCGAAAGUUGAGGUGCGACCGACACCAUCCAUGCGGAGCUUGUUCCAGGCGCGGCAUCACCAGCUCCUGCAUUUAUGCGAAGGCAUCUACGCCUGAUGCCCAGCGGUCCGUUGCUCCGCGACAGUCCGCCAAUCUCCAUGGCCGAAUAUCUGAACUGGAGAGCCUUGUCGUGACGCUCAUGGAACGCCAGUCACUUCCGGCUGCAGUUAAAUCGCCGGAUCCAAGCCCACCAUCGUUCUCAGAUGUGACUCGAAUCCGAAGACCAAAUAAAUCCCAAGAUGAAGCUGCGCACCCCGCAGACCCUGGCACCUUAGAUUUGAACGAGUCUGGAACCAGUUAUAUCCAGAGUGUCCAUUGGGAGGCCAUUUUGACCAAAAUCAGAGGCCUAAAAGAGGACAUGGUCCCUGGUAGCAAGGCUCUACCCGGUUCCCACUUGUUCUAUGGCCCAAACCGUCAUGCAACUCGAGAUGAGAUCCUGGCUGCUGUUCCUCCUCGUCCAGUUGUGGACCGCCUGAUGGUCCUUCAUUUCGAUUCCCACAUUCUCACUCCAUAUUUCAUUCAUCACAAGAAGUUUCUCCGAGAGUACGAAAGCUUUUGGGAAGAUUCGUCUGCAACUUCCAUCGGUUGGAUCGGCCUGAUGUUCUCUAUGUUGUAUAUUGCUGCGCAGUUGCAAACCUUCACCAUCGACUCGGCCGACGGACGAGCCGAAUCGCUCAAGGCGGAAUAUCUUACCAUGAAGGAUGCCUUCCGGGAGAAGGCGGUUCAGUGUCUUAUCCUGGCCAAGUAUACGAGGGGAGGGCCACAUGUGCUGGAAACCCUCAUGAUGGUUCUUACUGGGGAGUUUGUACUCUUGAAAGACAGCGCUACCGAUGGUUGGCUUUUCAUUAGUACGAUACUCCAUAUUGCAAUGCGCAUGGGCUAUCAUCGGGACCCGGAUCACUUUCCCGGGAUAACCCCAUUCGAUGCUGAAAUGCGUCGACGGAUCUGGGUUUCAAUCCUUCAAUUAGAUCUCACUCUCUCUUUGGAGGCGGGCCUUCCUCGAAACGCCACUGAUACGCACAUGGAUACAAAAGAGCCAUGUAACCUACGCGACUGCGACUUUGACGAGGACACUACCGAAAUGCCUCCUCCGAGGCCCGAAACAGAAUGGACGCCAAUCCUCCCGCUCGUCGCAAGAGGGCGACUUAUAACAGCCCUCGGGCUGAUUUGUGACGUCAACGCCGAUAUUAAUCCCCCUUCCUACGACCAGGUGGUCAAGGUCGACGCACUUCUUCAAGACGUGCACAGCCAUGGUAUUCCGCCCGUACUACGCCAGGGAACUAUGCCACACCCCAUCACGAAUAGCCCAAAUCUUGUACUACAACGAAUCGGUGUAGAAACAACUUACUACAAAUCACGCGUCCUCCUGUACCGGAGAGCUCUGAUCAGCUAUCCAGGUCGACAGUCUCAAGAGCAGGACAGGGAGUCUGUGCGAAUUUGCUUAGAUUCCGCGCACAAGCUUCUAUCAUUUCAAGAGAUGCUUCAUGAAGAGUCUCAGCCAUUUGGCCGCUUGUGCCAGCUUAGAUGGAAGGUCACCCAUCUUUUCAACCAGGAUAUUCUGCUCGCAACGAGUGUGCUCUGUCUCUACCUCCAGGACAUCGAUAAAUUUGGUUUGCUUGAGACUGCAGGACAGACAACGAGGCUACCUAAGGUUGAAGAGAUUCGACAACAACUAACGAUCUCACACAAGAUUUGGCGUCAAAUGAGUACGACGUCUGCGGAAGCUGGGAAAGUAGCGAAAGCUCUGAGUAUCGUUCUGGGAAUCCACACGGAAGGAUCUCCUGAGGACGGGAACGGGCCUGUGUCUUAUGAUUUUCGGACCGAUUUUGAUCCCAUUCCUUUGAAUGAAUUUGGCGCAACGUUCACUAAUCAAUCCGACUUUCCUUCUGGAUUCUACUCCCCUCUCAUGUUUUUUGAUAAUUUACUGGAAAACUGGGGGACAUGAAACGAGUUAGUUUUAUAUAUUGUGAAACGUUGGGUGGUUGCCCUGUUGUUGGUGUACGGCCAGCGUUCUUCGUUUUCAUGUAUAUUCCUACAGCCCAAACAAACUGUAAAACCUGCAGAACCUUUCAAAUACUACUCCUGAUUAAUCAACUGUUUAUUGCGACUGGG